CCGUUGCGAGACAGAUUUGGCCUUUAGCACUAUUCAAGGAUGAUGGCUUCCAGCGACCAACAGAGGUAUAAAAGGCAAGAAAUUCCCAGUCGAGUCAGUUCAACAUCUCUGCAGGACAGACAAUCAAACACAACCAACAAUCGACUAAGCGAAGUAUCCGAGAACAAUGUAUCAACGCGCCUUGCUCUUCUCUGCGCUCUGGAGCGCAGCUCGCGCUCAACAGGCCGGAACCUCGACUGCGGAGACUCAUCCUGCUUUGACCUGGCAGAAGUGUACUGCUGCUGGCAGCUGCACAGAGCAGAGUGCUUCCGUGGUCAUUGAUUCCAAUUGGCGCUGGGUUCACUCUGUGGAAGGCUACACAAACUGCUACACUGGGAACACUUGGGAUGCCACUUUGUGUCCCGAUGAUGAGACCUGUGCUUCGAACUGUGCUCUGGAUGGCGCCGACUAUGAAGGCACCUACGGAGUCACCACCAGCGGUGAUGCGUUGACGCUCAAGUUCGUCACCGGGUCCAAUGUCGGCUCGCGUCUCUACCUCAUGGACACCAGCGAUGAGAAGUACCAGACAUUCGACCUCUUGGACGCCGAGUUUACCUUCGAUGUCGACGUGUCCAAUCUCCCCUGUGGACUGAACGGAGCCUUGUACUUCACCGCCAUGGACGCCGACGGUGGAGUGUCCCGAUUCCCGACCAACAAAGCCGGUGCCAAAUAUGGAACAGGAUACUGCGAUUCCCAGUGCCCGCGGGAUCUGAAGUUCAUUGACGGACAGGCAAAUGUGGAAGGUUGGACCCCCUCAACCAGCAACUCCAACUCCGGGGUCGGCAACCACGGCUCCUGCUGCCCGGAGAUGGACAUCUGGGAAGCGAACAAGAUUUCAACUGCAUUCACUCCGCACCCCUGCGACUCAGCCACCCAGGUAAUGUGCGAGGGCGACGCCUGCGGCGGAACCUACUCCUCCAGCCGUUACGCGGGCACCUGCGACCCCGACGGGUGCGACUUCAACACCUACCGUAUGGGCAACGAGACCUUCUUCGGCCCCGGGCAGACCGUCGAUUCCAACUCGAAGAUGACGGUCGUCACCCAGUUCAUCAAGGGCAGCUCGGGCUCCCUGUCCGAGAUCCGCCGCUACUACGUGCAGAACGGCAACGUGAUUGCCAACGCCGCGUCCGACAUCAGCGGCGUCUCCGGCAACUCGAUCACCUCCGACUUCUGCACGGCUCAAAAGACGGCCUUUGGAGACGAGGACAUCUUCGGCGACCACGGUGGACUCACCAAGAUGGGCGACGCCCUCUCGUCCAUGGUCCUCAUCAUGAGCUUGUGGGACGACUCCUACUCCAGCAUGGAGUGGCUGGAUAGCCACUACCCCACCAACGCGACGGUGACCGACCCCGGUGUUGCCCGCGGCACUUGCGAGACCGGCGAGGGUGACCCCAAGACGGUUGAGGCGGCGCACCCCGACGCUUCCGUCACCUUCUCCAACAUCAAGUUCGGCCCGAUCAACUCGACCUUCAGCGCUUAGAUGGCGGAACUCGAGUCGAGUGUCGAGUGAGCUCAGCGGCGAACACAUCGGGCCGGCUCCUGAUGUGAUGCAAAACAGUCCUACCCUGGCCAACGAGAAUGUCGCCCAGUACAUGGCUACUUUUACAUCUCCUUUGCGGUUUCUCCGUUCGUUUCUGC